GUGAUGGUUCUUCCCCUGGUUCUGGAUCCUAAGGGGCUGGACUGGGGCCCAGGAGUCCAUGCCAUCAGCCAGAAGGCUCUGCAGACUUUCCCCCAAUGCUGUGACCUGUGUCCAGGGGACAUUCUUUCGGUGUCAGCUUCAGCCUUUCCAGAGCUCGACUGCAGAAUGAUAUACCUAGUAAGGCUUGAUGAUGAUUUGCAAUGGAAGCCUAAGGAAGUGCAAAAGCAGGCUAUUCGGAACAUGGUCCAGAGCUGUCUCAGCACCUUCUAUGGGUCCUUCCUGGAAUCCAUUGCGUUUCCCAUCCUCCUGCCAGUAGAUUCAGAUCAAGCUGUGAUGUGGGAAUGGCUGCUUAUCUUGCUGGAAGAAAUUAAUCAGUUCUUGAAAAACUUUCCCAAUACUUGGAUGAAACUGGUGCAAAUCAGGUCCCUUCCAGAAUGGAUUCUGCCACGCCCGGUAGAAAAUUGUCUUUCUUUUGAUGCAGAGACGGUGGGAUCGUGUCAUAUGGAAGAACUCCUUUUCCUCCAGUAUCUUGAGGAAAACUCAAGUGCCUUCCAUGAGUUUCAAGUGCAGCUGAAGAAAGCUGGCUAUGCCAUCCAGGUAGACUUGGGUUGGAGACUGUUGACAUUCCAGGCCAUCCAUCAACCUGUGCAGCUGCUUGACUUAGAAAAAAGCUUUCAGCUCGUGAGGAAGAAGUAUGUGCUGCAUUGCGAGACACGAGAAGAGAUUCUAAAAGUCUUGAUGGACCACCCAAGGCUUGUGAAGAGAUUCAAAUCCCUCAGGAUCUACAUCCUUGACCAAAUGUGGAUUGUAGGCCUGUGGGAUGAGAUCAAUUGCUUCUUACAAUACCUCGCCCACGAGGCCUCUCAAAGGGAACUAGUGAGCUGUGAGUACGCCGCUGAGCCAGUGCUCUGGUAUACAAUUGCCAAAGAUGUUGCACUUCAGGAGUUGCUCCCAUCCAAUCCUAUGAUAGAGCUUGAAAUUAUUCCCAAGACUCCUGCAACUAUCAGAUUCUGGGGAUCCCGUCAGAGAGUCAAGGAAGCAGAGAGGCGCUUCAAUGAACUCUUGGACAGCUUCCAGAUCCUACCUGUCCCUUUGUCCGAUUUCCAGUUGCAGUUUGUGAAGGCGCAUUGGGACAAAGCCUUCUACAACCAUUUCUUCCUAGAGAGGAGCAUCCCGGUUGUUCUGGAGCUCUCUGAGGCUGCCCAGAUUGCUGGCCUAGACUUGGGCAAGAUGGAAGAAGCCAAAGAUUUCCUCAUGAAGCUGGUGUGCGAAAGGCCUGUGGAGGUCGCAGAGGACGUGGCAUGGGCUACCCAGUGUCCAGAAUGGAAGAUACUGCUGCAACAACAUUCGAGAGCUCAUAAGGAAGUAGCCAUUCAUCGCGUAUCAUCUGGUUGGGUGAUCCUGGUGGGUUUCUGUCCCAUGAUCUUUCAAGUAGAGGAAUCUAUUAAGGAAUAUUUGAGGGAGAAUUCCUCAGUGGAAGAAAACAUGAGGCUCACUAGACCAGAAUUAGUUUUAGCCGGGAAGGAUCUGCUUCAUAUAAUGGGCCGGGAACAACUUAGCAUAAAUGUUGCACUCCAAGUGGACAGUCAGCUUUCUGUACUGCAGGUGAGAGGCCUUCGAAAAUAUGUGAAAAAAGCCAUUCCAGCCAUCCAGAAGGACUUGGAUUCUUUGGUGCUUGAUAUCGUACCUCUAAAGAGGAGAAUUCUCAAAGAAUAUGUCUUUGGAAUUGGAGCAAGUCUAUUCAAGAUCAUGGCUCAGAAUUUGGGCUGCAUUGUGAGGAUGAAAACGAAAGAAUCCGAUGAUUGGAAGAGCAUCAUGAACGAGGACUCCAUCAAAGAAAGAUUUGAUACAGGCUUCUCAGAGGCAAUUUAUAUAAUGGGCAAAUGGAACCCCGUGAACGUGUUGAAGCAUAUUGUGACUGGUCUCCUUGCACAGUUCUGUACAAUAUCAAUCUGUCAUGAAGCAAUUGCCACGUUUAAAAAUAUGAGCGUCGAUGAGUUCCUCAGCAACAUAUUCCACAGGUUUCCUGUAGAUAUCCGUUGGCUGCAGGAAACUGAAGUCCAGAUUUGUGGUUUCCAGAAUGAUGUGGGAAAUGUCCUAGAAGCUGUUCAUAGAAAGAUUAAGAAAUAUCAGUCCGAAAUAAUUGAAGUCAAAGCUGAAUAUAAGUCAAUCCCUUAUAUUGUUAUAAAAGAAAGCGUGUUCCAGAAGAGAUUUCCAACAAGUCCUUUUGUAAGUACAGAAGUCUUGGCCAAUGACCCGACAACCAUCUUAUUUAGAGGUCCCCGUCAGAAGUUGGUAAACCUGAGGCGGAACUUCGAGGAAUUCUUUAAUGGUUUUCAAUUUUUAACGGUCUCUCUCUCCGAACUCCAGUUUCAGUUUGUCAAGGCCCAAUGGGACAAGCUCUUUCACAAGGCCUUUUUUUGGGAAAGGAACAUCCCCGCCGUUUUGGAGAUCUCUGAAAUUGUCCAAGUUGGUGGCUUCAGCUUUGGUGAAAUCAAAGAAGCUGAAAAGAUUCUAAUGGAACAGGUGUUUGAGACGACCGUGGAAAUUGCACCUCAGUUGCAAUGGGCCACUGAAGAGCCAGAGUGGGAAGACAUGUUAAACAGAUUAAAGUUGGAUAAGGAAGUUGCCAUUCAUUACACUCCAUCCAGUCAGGUGACCGUGGUCGGCCCUUCUCUUCAGACUGCUGUGGUAGAAGAAUAUAUUAAGGAGUACUUCAGAGAUAAUUCCCCAUUGAAAGAAAGUAUUAGGCUUACUAAACCAGAAUUAGUAUUAGCUGCAGAGAGGGUCCUUCACAUUAUGAAUUGGGAACACCUCAAGGUGAACAUCAAAUUCAAGCAAAAUGAUGAUGGGUUGUAUCUGAAAGUCAAAGGACUCUGGAAAUUUGUGAAGAAAGCCAUUCCUGUGAUCAAUAAAGAUUUGGAUUCUCUGGUGUUUGAUAUGAUACCUCUGAAGAAGAAAGCAUUAUGCAUCUACUUCUCUGACGUGGGGGCAGAUCUGCUGAAAAACAUGGCGGAAACCCAGAAUUGUAUUGUCAGGAUGCAAACCCAGGAGAGUCACCUCUCUAGCAAUGGUGGAGCCCUUCAAGGCUUAGCUGAGGACCAAAAAGCUGUGAUCCAUGUAACGGGCAUCCAAAGCAAAGUCACUUCACUGAAGCAGAAUUUGUCAGAUUUCAUUGCCAAAUUCCACAAAGAGACCAUCUGUAGUGCUGAGAUAUCAAACCUCGCUGACGACAGCCUUAAAGCCCUUUGCAACAUUGUCUUGCCUCAGUAUCCGGUUGGCUUCCAUCGCCUAAGAGAAAAAGUGGUCUGCAUUUCCGGUUCUCAAAAAGAUGUUGAAAACGUUUCCAGGAACAUUUACACCAAGCUGGAGGAACUCGUCGUUGCAAGGGUCCAAAAGGAUCAAGCUGAACAGGCAAUUUCCAAGCAGCUGUACGAGAAUAUCCGUUGGCAUCAUAAAUCCAAUGAUCGAUGGUCUGCCUUUGACGUAGUAACCAAUAGCUCUUUGGAGCAGGCAUACACCGAGAGGAAAAUUGGGGCACUAGUGCAAUGGAAUGGAGAUAAACUGCUGAUUAACUUUCCGAAGGCCGAAGCCUUAAUCCCAGGCAAGAAAAAAAUCAAGAUAAGGAGAGAUAUCUACUUAUCGGAAAAGAAUAUUGCUCCCUUCUGGGAAGCCAUGGAUGGAGCUUUAGUUAAGAAAGUGGAACUGCAGACAUAUUCGAAGGAAUAUCAGGAUGUGGUGAAGAAUUUCAGCAAGACAGCUGGGCGCUACCAAAUUGUCAAAGUAGAGAGAAUCCAAAACAGCUAUUUGUGGAUUUCCUAUUGCUGGAAAAAAAGCUGGAUGGAGAAUAAAAAUUCACAAGCGGGACAGAACGAACUCAUUCUCUAUCAUGGAACGCUGCCAGAAAACUGUUCCUCUGUCUGUGAUAUUGGCUUCAAAAAUGCUUUUAGAAAACAAUGUAUCUACGGAGACGGCAUUUAUUUUUCCGUGGCUGCUGGCUGUUCUGUGUUGUAUGCCAAACCAGAUCUCCAAGGGCUCCGAUACGUUUUCCAAGCUCGUGUUCUUGCCGGGGAAUAUGGUUGUGGGAAAAAAAAUAUGGUCUUGCCUCCCAUGAAGCGAGAUGGCAACGGCUACUAUGAUAGUUUGGUGGAUGUCCUUUGCAAGCCGAAUAUUUUUGUGAUCUUUUUUGAUGACCAUGCUUACCCUGAAUACUUGAUCACCUUCCGUGGGCAUACCUCUUCAUCAUAGCUCUUCUGAGAGGUGGGAAACGACCUCAGUAGAUGACAACUGGAAGCAUGCAGAUAUUAAGCUAGAAACAACACCAGAAUGUUUCUUUCCUGCCUUCCUUACAGGAUUAGCCCUGUAAAGCGGAAAAAGAAGAUUUCUUCCAACAACGGGUUCUCUGAACCUCUAAGAGAGUUAAGAACUGGUUUUCCCAAAUAGGUAGGAACUGGCUGAAUCCCACCACUGGUGUAUAUAGUGUAUUACUUGAGGGGAGAUUAGGGGAGAAUAAUGAAACACGCAAUUCAACUUCAAAUUGAGAUCUUAUCCUCUGGAAAUGGUUCGUGGAACAUCCUCAUGCCAGGAACGCAUCAAUGAAUUGUACCAUUCCUAUCUCAUCCUCCUAAACCCACUUAUUUUUAUUUGUGACACACUCUACCUACUUUGCAAUGUGAGAUUAAGCUUAACUCUUGUAUGAAGUAAAUAUUAAGAGUAGUUCUAGUUAUCAAAAGGUUACCUGUGCUUGUUUUUUGUUUUUUUGUUUUUUGUUUUGUUUAUCUUUCCAAAAUCGCCCUCGUAAUAGAAAAAAAAUGGAGGGGAUGUUAUUGUAGAGUGAAGAUUUAGGUUUUUUUCCCCACGUGGCCAAAUAUCAAAUUCUUCUCGCUAUUGUUCAUUUCUGCUUCCAGUAUGUCAUCUUUU